CCUUCCCUCGCAGCUCAGAUAACCUCAGUACGACUUCCCCUCCAACUGCCUCGUGUCCGCCCCUCAUUCCCCGGCGAGAUGGUUCGUGCGCAGUUGCUUUCUCUGCUGCUCUUCUGUUUUUACGGCUUCAGCCAUGGGGAAUACACGCCCAACUGGGCGUCCCUCGACAGCCGGCCACUCCCAGGUUGGUACGACGGCGCCAAGGUGGGCAUCUUCAUCCACUGGGGCGUCUUCUCGGUGCCCUCCUUCGGCUCCGAGUGGUUCUGGAGCUACUGGCGAGGUGCUCAUUCACCGAAAUACGUAGAGUUCAUGGAGAAAAACUACCGUCCGGGCUUCACGUACGCGGACUUCGCGCCGGAAUUCACGGCCGAGUUCUUCGAGCCCGACGAGUGGGCGAGUGUGUUCAACGCCUCGGGCGCUCGCUACAUCGUCCUCACCAGCAAGCACCACGAGGGCUUCACCCUGUGGCCCUCGCGCUACUCCUGGAACUGGAACAGCCUUGACAUCGGACCCAAGAGGGACCUCGUAGGCGACCUGGCUCAUGCCCUGCGAUCCAAGACCCCGAACAUCCACUUCGGCCUCUACCACUCCCUGUACGAAUGGUUCCACCCUCUCUACAUCCAGGACAAAGAGAACAACUUCACGACCAAUAACUUCGUGGCGACCAAGACUAUGCCGGAGCUUCAUGAACUGGUGAACAACUACCAGCCCGAAGUGAUCUGGUCGGACGGCGACUGGGAGGCGUACGACACGUAUUGGAACUCGACCGGGUUCCUGGCCUGGCUCUUCAAUGACUCCCCCGUCAAGGACACGGUGGUCGUCAAUGACCGGUGGGGGAGGGGCAUCCCCUGCCACCACGGGUCAUACUACACCUGCACGGAUCACUAUAAUCCAGGUGUGUUGCAGCCGCACAAGUGGGAGAAUUGCAUGACGCUGGACAAGCACUCGUGGGGAUACCGUCGCAACGCUCCUGCAACAGACUACAUCACAAUCCACAGUCUCAUCACGGAACUCGCCCAGACAAUCAGCUGCGGAGGUAACCUGCUGGUGAACAUCGGCCCCACGCACGAGGGGCGUCUCCCCGCCAUCAUGGAGGAGCGCCUCCGGCAACUCGGCUCGUGGCUCGACGUCAACGGCGAGGCCGUGUACGACUCCGUGCCGUGGAAGCACCAGAACGACACGGUGGCUCCUGGGGUAUGGUUUACGUCGAAGGGCGACCUUGUGUAUGGCAUCGCACUCUCUUGGCCCAAAGAUAGCCUCAUGACUCUCGGCUCUGUCUUAUCAACGCCGCAUACCCACAUCACGAUGUUGGGCUACAAUGAGAACCGCGUGACCAGGAGGUUGAAGUACAAAGCGACGAAGAGCGGAAUGCAGAUCGUAUUCCCGCCCAUGGCCGAAGUGAAGAGCCAGUGGGCGUGGGUGCUGGUCAUGGCCGGUGUCACGCCCGCUUCGGCCUGAGGUUAAAGACGAGGUCAAGGCUCCUUCUGAACUGCUCGAUGUUUGUGAAUGAUUCUGUGUUUGGACAUUCACAAUUGAUGAAUGUUUUAUUUUGUAUUUGCGAAGUGUUUGAUAUUCUUAAAUUUGGGUAGUGCUGAGUGAUUUGCAUAUAAUUUGACAAAAAUAUAAAGUUACACAUUGCGACGGGUUGGUAAACGUUAUGAAAAGGUAGAUAUAAUUAUGGAAAUGCUAAGUAUAGUGAGAGAUAAUUGAGCGAAGAAACACUAUGUAUGCAGAUUAUGGAAUUAUGGAAAUGCUAAGUAUAAUGAGAGGUAAUUGAGUGAAGAAACACUAUGUAUGAUGAUAAAGUUUCCCCAAGAAAA